GCGAAUGCGGAAGUCAGGUAUGUCUGGGCAUGUGAAAUUGACGAUUUAAAUACAUUUCCCCUUUCAUUCAAGUUUUCCUGUUAUGAAAUAUGGAGCGCAAACUGUCAGAAUUCAGAGACCGAAAGUAAGUCCAGACUGAAGAGAAGAAACCUGCCGAUUUAGAGAUCCAGAGCGAGAUGAAAGUCACAAGCGAUCAUUUUCCAGCUGUGUCUGAUGACGCACCAGAGCUAAUGUCCAUCAUCACCUUCCCUCAAACACCACACACAGAGGUUGGCAGUGCAAAAGAUGACUUGCUGGGCAUGACUUAUGGUCAUUGGUUUCAGCGGUUGGCUCUUACCCAUCUUACCUUGUUUAAAGUGCUGAUAUGGCUGGUACUGUUGGGUCUUUUCUCAGAACUUGAGUUCGGCCUGCCAUUUUUCCUCAUAUCUUUAUUCUACUGGCUCUAUGAAGGUCUUCGAAGCCCAAAGGCACGUCAACCUGAUGAAAUGAGUGCUUACUCUGUGUUUAACCCUGACUGUCAGCCCAUCCUGGGAACUUUGACAGCUGAACAGCUGGAGGGUGAGAUGGGAUACUGGCUGAUUGCUAACAGAUAACAGAACAUGUAGUGUAUGGAAGGAAGGGUCGAAACCAACAUAGACAUUGAGGGGGACACUCAAUGGUUGGUUCUUAAAUUUUUAUAUUUGGUCACUCCCUCCAUUCAUAUGUGGUCUUGAUUGCAGGCAUUAACACUUUGCAACCAACCGUCUCAGAUUUAUGAAUUCAUAUCAUCCUUUGAGAAAUGGUCAAUAAGGAAAACAGGCUAAAUAUGGACUUCACUUGUGCAACCGAUUUGCAUUAUAUUAAUGUAGCACUCAAUGAUUUAUGAUUUACUGGUAUUUCUACAUUUAAAUAAAAUUGUUGGGUUUUAUUAAAGUGAAAUAUAUGAGAAUCUCUAUGAUUGUUGUUGUUGUACAAUAAAAG